UAGAAAAUUUUAAGUACCUCUAAAGGGUUAACUCAAAGUUGAGUUGGUUGAAAUUUUUUUAAUAUAUACAAAUUAAGGGUGGUUUGCCGAAGGUAUUACCGGAAUUCAGCAUCUCACUAAAGGUCACUAUCUUUACGUCAUAGCAACUCGAUUCAGCGUUAAGGUACACAAACAGAAUAGUGGCCGAACCGGGGGACAAUGCUAAGGCGAUGGAAGGAUGGACGAGAUGACAUAAAGAACGAUAACAUUAAUAAAGAUGGAAAGGUAACUGGCUUGUUCAAGGGUAUCCCCUCAGUUUCUUUCACGAAGGAGGACAUCUCAGAACUCUCCUCGCGAUUUAGUCUUGCUCUGGUUGCAAAGUUCAUUCGUCGUCCAUCUUUCACAACGAUGAACAAAUUUUUGCAGAAGCUUGGGCUCAAGGGGGGUUUUGAUAUCUCACUUCUUCAUAGCAACAGUUUCCUCCUAAAUUUUAGGGAGGAGGAUGACUACCUUCGACUCUUCCUCCGUAGAUCCUGGCAGGUUUUUGACAAACAAAUGAGUCUCACAAAAUGGAGCCCUUGGCUUUCACAGGAGUCAGAGAACCCCAUAAUGCCCAUCUGGAUUGCAUUCCCCGGCCUCCCUAUACACCUCCAUGACAAGAGAGCCCUACACCUUAUUGCAUCAACUAUUGGUACUCCUCAGAAGGUGGAUUCUUGUACGAUGAAUUUUUCCAGGCCAGCCCUAGCCAGAUGCUGCGUAGAAGUGGAUAUCUCCAAUCUUCCGCCGGCCAGAAUACUUAUUAACCAUGGAGGAGAGGAACUUAUUUUUCCUUUCCAUUAUGAGGAUGUCCCUCUUUUUUGCAAAAGGUGUAAGAGGACUGGGCAUGUGCUGGAAGCAUGUCAGCAUAAGAAGGAAGCCGGUUUCACUCCUUACCGGAGAACAGAGGUGGCGCCGGAGAAGAUGGGCGAACUUGCAGUGGAUCUAACUAGUGAAAAGUGGCAAAAGGUAAAAUCCAAAAAGGGUAAAGCCAAGAUGCCUUUGGAACCAGCACUUAAAAGAGAGUGGCGGGCCAGACCUUCCACUACUUCACAUGCUACUUCAUCUGCUGCAUGGAAGGAAGGUCCAGGGGAAUCAUCCAAAACCAAUGCAGGUACAAGCGACCCCAUCCCAACCCUCAACAGCGUACUCAACAAUGGGGCAAAUGAAGUAAUCUCCAAAAACAGACAGGGGGCCUAUUGCAUCACUGACCCGCUUGUCCUCUCAGCUCUCACUUUACAGCACUGCAGUGAUUUUGUGGUAAGAUCUCCUAUUCUUUUUGAAGCUCCCACCUUCAAUGAGGAGUCUGUAGAUGUUGAUGAUAGCUUGGCCUUAGUUCCUUUCGUGGAUUUCAACCUUCGUGUUGAUGGUGAACCGGAGGUGGGGUUUUUUGAUGAUCCACAAAAACUCAAUGAUUCUAUCCACAGACUGGACUCCCUCCUAAAUCUAAACGAGUUCCCACCAUUGCCAACAAAGGAGGUGUCCCCUUCUAUCACCCCCACGCCCAGAACUAAGGAACGUCAUCAUGCCAUGGUCACUAGAUUCAUGGCGUCAAACAGCUUCUCUCCCCUAAUCUCUCCAUGAAUGGACUGUUUUGGAACGUUAGGGGGGUACAUAUUUCUCUCCCCCGUCUCAUUUCACUGGUCAAGAAACAAAAUUUCUCCUUCUUGUCUCUUAUUGAACCUUUAGUGGAACCGGGAAGGUUGGAGUGGUACAAGCUCAAACUUGGUUUCACAAAAGGAUUUUCCGCUCUUAAUAAUAAACUCUGGUUCCUAUG